AUGAACAGGAUCGGGCUGUUAAGACUCCGUCAACCAUUGUGGAAUGUAUCACGAUUUAGCGUAUCGAGGCAGGUUGGUCUUGCAAGAGGUGUAAGGUUCCAGUCUUCUAAUAUCAAUUUCGACAAGUUAACUAGAGCAGAAAUCAAAUACCUGCGUGAACAAAAAAUUGCCAAAGAACGUAAACUCAAGAGCCGUACCAUUGCAUUCUAUUUCAGUAGUAUCGCAAUUGUAUUUUUGGGAUUAGCAUAUGCAGCAGUACCUCUUUACAGAGCCAUCUGUGCUCGUACCGGUUACGGUGGUAUACCAAUCACAGAUAGAAGAAAGUUUACUGAUGACAAACUGAUCCCAGUGAAUACAGAUAAGAGGAUACGUGUAGCAUUUACCAGUGAGGUUUCUCAGAUUCUACCUUGGAAAUUCAUACCGGAGCAACGUGAAGUUUACGUCCAGCCCGGUGAGACGGCACUAGCAUUUUACAAAGCCAAGAACAACAGUGAUAAAGAUAUAAUUGGGAUGGCAACGUAUAGUAUCACUCCGGGUGAAGCUGCACCCUAUUUUAACAAGAUCCAAUGCUUCUGUUUCGAAGAGCAGAAAUUAGCGGCAGGUGAAGAAAUCGAUAUGCCGGUUUUCUUCUUCAUAGACCCAGAUUUCGUCAGCGAUCCCGCCAUGAGAAACAUCGACGACAUUAUCCUGCACUAUACAUUUUUCAGGGCUCAUUAUGCUGAUGGAUCUGCUGUCUCAGAUGGAGUUGUCACGAAUACUGCUGAGAUGAAUGGUCGACUUUUGUCGCCUGUUGUCGCCGAGAAAUAA